AGGGUUUAGGCCAAGUAUAGGCCGCAACGAUCCCCAAAGUAGAGAUUCCAUUCUUCCUUUCACAAAAAUCGCACGAAAUGUCUAACUCCAUCACCUUCCUCUCAAGGAGACUCUACCGCCCGUUGCUUUCGAUCCCCAGAACGCCUUUUCAUCUUUCACAACAUUUCUGCACAAACCAUCCCUCCUCUGACCACCAAGACGACUUGAAUUUGGAAGAGCUACCCCCUGACUCGGACAUUGACGCACCUUCUACCCCUUCUUCUUCACCCGACUCAUCUUCACCGGACUCCAACAAACAAAGAGUUGUCUUUGAUCGGCUUCUCGAGAAUGGCCUCGAUGCUGGCAUUUAUAAGGCUAUAUUGGUGGGGAUGGUAGGGCAGCCUCCACUGCAGAAGAGGCUAAGAAGUGGCACGGUGGUGACUCAGCUAUCGAUGGGAACUGGUGGGAUUCGCAAUAACCGAAGGCCCUUGGAUAAUGAGGAUCCCAGGGAGUAUGCGAACAAGUGUUCCGUCCAGUGGCAUCGGGUUUCGAUCUAUCCUCAGAGAUUGGGAGAUAUCGUCAUGAAACAUGUUGUUCCCAGGUCAAUAUUAUAUGUGGAGGGAAAUCUGGAAACUAAAGUUUUCACUGAUCCAAUAACUGGUCUUGUUCGUCGAAUUAGAGAAAUUGCGAUUCGUCGAAAUGGUCGACUUGUCUUUUUGGGUCAAGGUGAUGCUGGAGAGGAGACACAAAAUCAAGCGAAAAAUGUUGGCUAUUACUGAAAUCAAAGGAAAACUUGGGCAUCCAGAAUUGGGAAGCAAUGAAGAGACUUAGAUACAUAACAUCAGCGAAGCAAAUUCGUGUUAUCUAUGUGAUUCAGUACCUUUUCUUUAUAGUUCGAGUAAUCUAGAUGGCGACCUUGGUGUUUGUCAGUUGGAUGCCAUCAUUUUAUCCCGUGGUGCUAUUAUUUUUUUAAGUUAUCUUUGAACAAAAGUAACUUCGAUUUGGAUGUACAUGACAUCUACCAUUUUUUCAAGACUAGGUCGCCUGACAAAACUGCAAGUUUCUCUCAGUUAAGUAUUUAGCUGAGCACGAGAAAUUGGCAAGAAGUUGACUGUUGAA